AAAUGCAUUGGUCAACGUUUAUAUACAAGUCAACGAAACCAGUGUUCAAUAGUUUAGUUAUAAUUUGAAACUGGAGGAGACAAGCGAAUCAAAUCUUUUCAAGGCAUCGCAAAGACACAUCAUGGAUUCAGAUUUGUUUGCAUGCGUGUAUGGAUUGUCCAAUAGUGAUGAUGAUACAUCCAGUGAAGCGUCAAAACAAAAAGAAGACAGUGAAAGCAAACUAGAUUUUCUAGAGAAACUGAUCCAAUUCAAAAUAAACUUCUAUCAACCAGAAAAAGACGGAACCUUGCUCCAUAGGUCAAUCAAAAGGAAGGAAAAACGGAACACUGAGGACUUAAUACAAGCUUACCAGCUUGACUUCAACCGGAUUCGUGACUAUUUAGUGUCUAAAUUUAAUUGGAAUACGAACGAUAAAGUAUGGCUCCGCAAAACGAUACUAGUAGCAAUCGAUAAAGACCACUGCCUAGCUGCAAAAACCCUUGAAAAUCUGCAAAUCUCAAAGGACGAUGUAUCAAGGGCAGUUUUUGUGCUAUUAAAAACAUCUACUGAAGGAGAAGACGUUGCUGUGAUUCAUCCUAGUGAAACCAAUCGUCUAGCAGUAUUUCAACUAAUCAAUAAGCUCAUUCCCAAUGGUUACCUCACCUGGAACAGCACAGGGAAAGAGACGAAGGAAACACCGAUAGAAGUGGCCGCUUCUAGUGGUAACACUGCAUUAAUCGAUCGCCUCUACAGUUUGGGAGCUGAAAUCGCUUUUCAUGACCAUAGCGCAUUGUUAGCCGCCUGUCGACAUGUUCAGAAAGAUGUCGUUUAUUGGCUAUUAACGGAGCAUUUCGAUCAUUUUGAUUGCACUCUUCGGGACGCUCAACAGCACAAUGCCAUAAUGCUGCUUAUGCAGAGACGGAAGGAAAAACUUUUUGAAUUUGUGCUAGAAAAAAUGAUCGCCUACAGACAGAAGUAUUACCACGAGUCCGAAUCGGCUGCUUUUAAUGAAAUCUUUCGUUUCGAAAAUGAAGAUCUCUCCUGUCUUUCGAUUUUUACGUAUAUUGGAAAAGGCUUAUUCGAGACAGUGGAAAAAUAUAUUGUAAAGUAUAAACUUGAUUUGAGCUACCAAUGGGAGAAUGUUACAAUAUUAUCUGUGAUGUUAAAUCGCAAGAUUGCAUUAGAAUAUUGCUUUGACGAAAUAAGAAAGAAUCCUAAACUUCUAGAGUUUGUCGAUUACGGUUGCACAACAGUUCUACACAACAUGAUCACUUGUGGCUACCUAGAAUUUCUUAGGGAAAUGUAUAUCGUAAAACCGGAGGUUAAAACACACUUUGAAUCCGACGGUGGGAUUAACGUCUUGCAGAGAGCACUUUUCGAAGGAAACUCUGAGCAGUUGCAAUUCAUAUUUGAUAACCACCUAGAGUUUGUUAAAAACAGAUCUGAAGAAUUGCGACAACAUAUUGAGCGGCUUAAUUCAAAAUCUCUAAACCCUAUUAAAGAUUUGAUUUUGAAUUACUUUCCUGAGCUUCGUAAGGAUAUUGAAGAUGCAUGUCAAUCUAAGCCAGAAUAUUAUUCAUCUACCGAUUUAGAGUGGUCGUUCAAUAAACUUCAUGUAGACGUAUCCUCGGUUCCGAUAAAACUACAAGGCCCACAAGCUCCCAAUAGCAUUAGAGGGAAAAAUGGCGAAACUCUUCUUCAUUUAGCCGUGGAUAAAGACGAUACUGCUUUCCUUAUCGAAAUGCUAGAAUCAGAUUGCGACCUGAAUACUGUGGAUAACGAUGGAAACCACCCGGUACAUUUUGUGAGAAGUUUAGGCAUGCUGAAUCUGCUUAUUGAGAGACACCCAGAGGGGGAGAAAAUUGUACAUUACACAAAUGCAAAUGAUUUUACCGUUCUGCAUCAUGUUUGCUCUCGCUAUAUGGAACGAAAGCCUCGGCUUCAUUUGGUAGAGCGCAUAGUAGAAUGUGGAGGAGAUGUAAAUAUGUUGAACAAUCAAGGAGAGACAGCACUGUUUCUAUUACUGGAAUGCGGCCCUUUAGAUAUUCUAUUAAAACACAAUAUCAAACUAGAUAUAAUCAACAAAAAGGGUGAAACCGCUCUAUUGCAUCAAGCACGCAAAGGAAAUGUCUGUAUGACCACCGCAUUACUUCCGAAGUAUAUUGAUCUCCCAGUUUACAAAAUUGAUGCUCAUGAAUAUUUGAGACUAAUGAUGCGAAGCAGAUCUCGAGAUUCCUUCAGUUGCGAUUAUCAGUGGUUUUUGGAGAAGAACCCGGAAACAACUAAAUUUUUGUUCGACUCUUUAUAUCAACAUUCGCGAGAGGAAGCAUCGAAGAUGUUUGCCAAAGCAUGUUACAGUGCUUUUAAUUUCGUAGUGGAAAAAUUUUUAGACUACGACUACGAUUUAAACUACAAUUACGCGGACGAAGACGGAUAUACACCGAUUAUUGGACUGCUGAGUUACAUGGAGGAGGAAAACGGCCAUUUAGUCAAACGGCUCCUCGAAAAGGGUGGAAUUGAUUUGGAAGCACGUAACAGCUGGGGGCGAAAUGCUCUUUUAUCGUUAACCAGUCGCUUUAGAUCUGCUCAGUGGUAUGGCCACAACGUUGAAACAGUACAACUACUGUUAGACUACGGGGCCAACAUAAAUGCUGCCGAUAACGAUGGAAAUACGGCACUCCACCUGGCAUUCUCGGCAAGUGAGAGAGAACUGGCUGAGAUGUUAGCUCGGAAAGGAGGAGAUUUGAAGGCUGUGAACAAAAGUGGAAAAAUUCCGUACCAAAUGGUAGGCAAGUUAGAUCAAGAAUUGUUCUAUUUCAUGGUAUGAAA